UCCCAGGAUUACAGAUGGCCGCCCUCGCCCCUUUACCCGCACUGCCACCGCAGUUUAAGAGCCUCCAGCAUCAUCUGAGGACAGCGCAGGAACAUGAUAAACGGGACCCCGUGGUGGCCUACUACUGUCGUUUAUAUGCAAUGCAAACUGGAAUGAAAAUUGAUAGUAAAACUCCUGAAUGUCGAAAAUUUUUAUCAAAGCUCAUGGAUCAGUUAGAAGCUCUUAAAAAACAAUUGGGUGAUAAUGAAGCUAUUACACAAGAAAUAGUCGGUUGUGCCCAUGUGGAGAGUUAUGCUUUGAAAAUGUUCCUAUAUGCAGACAAUGAAGAUCGUGCUGGGAGAUUUCACAAAAACAUGAUCAAGUCCUUCUAUACUGCAAGCCUUCUGAUAGAUGUCUUAACAGUAUUUGGAGAACUCACUGAUGAAAACAUGAAACACAGAAAAUAUGCCAGAUGGAAGGCAACCUAUAUCCAUAACUGUCUUAAAAAUGGGGAAACUCCACAAGCUGGACCUGUUGGAAUGGAUGAAGAAAGCAAUGAUGAAGAAAACGAAGAAGCCAGGACUUCUCCCCUACCUAGUCACCCACCCCAAAGGUCAUCUUCAACAUAUGACCCAAGCAGCAUGCCAUCCAGCAGCUAUACAGGAAUACAGAUUCCUCCAGGUGCUCAUGCUCCAGCUAAUACACCAGCAGAAGUGCCUCAUAGCACAGGUGUAACAGGUAAUACUCUCCAACCCACUCCCCAGAAUAUUCCUGCUGUUGAUCCAGCUCUUUUCAGUACUAUGACCAUAGGGGAUGUCCGUCUAACACCAGAGGACUUUGCCAGAGCUCAGAAAUACUGCAAGUAUGCAGGCAGUGCUUUGCAAUAUGAAGAUGUAAGCACUGCUGUGCAGAAUCUACAGAAAGCCCUCAAGUUGCUGACUACAGGCAGAGAAUGAAGCCUUUGUCCAAAACAUUCAUGUAUUUUGGGGCUAAAGAACUAACACUCCAUUACUCCAUCUUCAGUCCAUCAGGAACACAGUAAUAAUAAGAAAGGCUCCAGUUCCAUUGAAUACGACAAUGAAACCUGUGUUUAUGUGUCCAGUUCCUGCUGUAGCUUUCAUCAGCAGGCUCAACCAGCUUUCAUUUCCCACCUCAGGGAACCAGUCAUGUUUUGGUCCAGGGGGCUAAUGUUAGCAAGAUACUGAAAAUGAACAAGGAACUUUUGAAAAUAGUGAAGACAGGAAUUUCAUCAAAAAUUUAUUUAUACUGGGAAUAACUUUAGUAAUUCAAUUUACAUUUAUUAUUAAAUAAAAGAAAAACAUCUAUAGACUGUGGGCAGCCACAAUGCUGUUUUACUACAUUAAUCUGAAAUUGAAUUUAACUUAAAGAUGAGAGAUCACAUUUGAAUUUCACCUCAAGAAUUCUUUGGGGAAAAUCAUUAGAUAAUCAGUGAAAGUUCAUUUUGAAAAAAAAAAAAUUUGUGUUCACGUUAAAUGCUACUAGAUUAAAGACUGUAAAUUUUCUUGACAGGAAAUAGAGUAAAAUGGUAAGGAGGACUCAAACAUAGUAAGUGCUUGGUGAAUAUUCGUUUAAUUUAAAUGAUGCAGGUUUCCAAACUGCUUGGUUUUAUACAUUGAUUUUUGAAGCAAAUCAGUUGACUUACUUUCCAUAGACAAUUUAAUUUUAUAUUUUCCAAAUGUCUGAGAAUUUGGCCCUUUGAAUGAAGAUACAAAACUCUACUAGUAGUGGAACCUGUAGAUUUUAUAACUAUGAUCUUGGAGUUUGGAACUGUUUAGUGUAUAAGCUUUAUUCUUGGGGAUUAUGAUGUUAUUGUGUUAUACAUGCAUCUGUAUUAUGUAAGAAAUAAAAACAAAAAAAAGAUUCUUUUAAUUAGUAUAAUUUAUUCAAUAAUCCCAGUGUCUGUUAUUGUGCCACAUAUUGCAAUAGACAUAUUUAGGAGAACAUAUUUUUGAUUGAGAUCAGUUUAUAAAUUAAAGAAAUUUAGCAAACAGUA